UAUCAGAAACAUGACAGGUGAUAGGACCCUGAGGCUUGCACCACUGGGUCUCUCUCAUGUUUGCUAUGCUAACACAGAUGACAGUUGCACUUUUGGACACAACGUUUACAUCCUUAUCUUUUCAUGUUACUCUUUAAUAAACAGUACAGCUAGAGGCAGAAUGGUGCUAUAUUUUAGCUGCGGUUUGUUUCUGCUUACGUUACUUGUUCUGCCGGGCCUAUUGCUUGGGGACUUGGUAUUUUAUUGUCCGAAAUGCACUGCGGAGCGCCAAACUGCAUGUCCUAAGCUCGCCACCAACUGUACUGAGAUAGUCAGGGAGCCCGCCUGUGGCUGCUGUCCGGUGUGUGCCCGGUUAGAAGGUGAAUUCUGUGGCGUCUACACACCGAGGUGUUCCACAGGGCUGCGUUGUUAUCCCACUGUAGAUUCAAAAUUGCCCUUGGAGCAGCUGGUUCAGGGGUUAGGGCGAUGCUCACAAAAAGUGGACACAGUACCCAACCGCACUGAAGAGCAACGGGACACGAGUGGGGAGCUGCCGGGCACUGAGGGCCCCACUAUGAAGAAGCCGACCAAAGAUGGCAGGUUCUGGAUAUGGUCCAAAGAUAUGGCUCCAAAGCAGGCCCAGAACGAGCUCAAAACCAAGAUGAAGACCAACAACUGUCCCGAGGAACCUAAGACCCAGCAGCCCAUGAAUGGCCCUUGUGCACAGGAGCUGGAGAAGGUGAUGGAGGAGAUCUCCAAGAUGAGCUUCCAUGAUAACAGGGGACAUGUUGAUAAUCUGUACCAACUCAAAUUCCCCAACUGUGAAAAGAUAGGCCAGUACAAUCUCAAACAGUGCCACAUGUCCACCCAUGGUCAGCGGGGUGAGUGCUGGUGCGUUAACCCCUUCACGGGUGUCCAGAUCGCCCAGUCCACCAAGGUGCGGGGGGACCCCAACUGCAGCCAGUAUGUGGAUGAGCAGGAAAUGGAGACCGGAACACAGUCCACUGCCGUCCUGCAGAUGGCAGAGAUAUAACAGCACUUCACUCACACACAGAUACCCCCCCCCCCCCCCCCCCCCCCACAGUGGAACGGUCCAAAUUGACUGACAGCUGACAUAGCUGUCAUGUGCAUGGGUUUCUUUCAAUGUAGCUGUUACCUGUCCCUUGCCCACUAAGAUGCAAAAGAAAGAUAAACUCGCCAAAGGUGACUGAGUAAAGGGUCUGAAUGAUUAUGUAAAUGUGAUAUUUCAGUUUGUUAUUUUUGAUACAUUAACAAAAAAUUCUAAAAACCUGUUUUGCUUUGUCAUUAUGGGGUAUUGUGUGUAGAUUGAUGAGGGGAAAACAACUAUUUAAUACAUUUUAGAAUAAGGUUGUAAAGUAACAAAAUGUGGAAAAAGGUCUGAAUCCUUUCCGAAUGCACUGUAUUCUUUCCGAAUGCACUGUAUUUGCCUAAAACUCCAUUUUUUUGAGAAAUGGGGGGUAAAAUAAUAUACGUUUCUAAAACUCUCAUCCCUAUGGAACGAGUGCAACCAAAACAAUAGUCAUCUCCAACACAGCAAAACGUUUAGUCAAAACAAAUUUUGAGCCCGGGCUACACACCGACCAAACACAAAACACAACCUAUUGACUGCCCACCAUUGAAAGUCAAUCAGCAAUCAAGUUGUCCUUACCAUGGACAUGUCUGAUGUGAAGGGGGAAACUCUUGCAAUAUUCGUAGCAACUUUCCUCUCGUGAUUUUCCUCAGUGGAAUGGCCUCAGGGCCAACCAAGAGAAACGGUUUACCCCUCUUUGCUUUGGGGAAAGGACCAACAAAAUCCACCAGAACCCUGCUGAAAGGGUUGUGAAAAGCAGAAACAGACUGCAAAUGUGCAACCGGUAACAGCUUGGUUCGGUGUACCCAUCAUCUGGCAAACGCGAUGAUUUACAGUAAACCAUAACAUCCUGUUUCAGACCAGGACAGAAGAAGUUACGCAAAAUACAUUCAUAUGUCUUGUUGAGCCCAAGACUAUGGGUCUUGUUGAGCCCAAGACUAUGGGUCUUGUUGAGCCCAAGACUAUGGAUCUUGUUGAGCCCAAGACUAUGGGUCUUGUUGAGCCCAAGACUAUGGGUCUUGUUGAGCCCAAGACUAUGGGUCUUGUUGAGCCCAAGACUAUGGGUCUUGUUGAGCCCAAGACGGCCAUACUACCAUUGUGAGCCAACCUCAGUAUCUCUUGUCAAAGCGCAACUGGAACGACGUGAGACACACUGGGCCAAUUAGACCACCAUCUCUGUCAAAGUAACCCACAUGAACUUCAUCAAACUCCUCCUCUGGAUGUAUAUCAGCAAAAAAAGAGGGAAGAGGGAAACCUUUUUACUCUGCUCAGCAAUCAAAUGCUUCCUAGUCAUCGAAGUAUUGCAUGUAGGUACCCUUUCUUCCUUCAGUGGUCCUACAAACUCGCUUACCUUUGACUUGCUACUUGCAACUUUCUUAGACAUAGUACGUGUAACGGCACAUGUUGGGGACAAUCUAGGGUACUUUUCUGAUAACCCAUCACUCUGGGUUCCUUACAAAUGACAGGAUUUGGCACGACCUUCUCUCCAGGCAAAUCAUUUCCCAAAAUGAAUGAGACCCCCUUCACCGGUAGGCUAGGCCUCACUCCCCCGACAACGGAAAUAAGAUCAGACUCGAGUUCCAAGUUAUACAAAAUAACUUUCAUGCGACCAAUCUCCACGCCUUGUACUAACACAUUGUAACCAGUUGCUGAAGUGUCAGACAAAGGCAAAACACCCUCCUAAUUGAAGUACUGGGCUGGCCCAGUGUCUCACAGUAUCUUCACCGGCUGCUUAACAGCAUCUCCACUCUGCAGAGACACAAACGCGUCUGAAACAAAGGGUUCAUACACACCUUGUUUAGGAGAUACACCAGUCCCAACCAGAGAAUUAAUGUGCUGGUGUGCUCCCACAAGAAGAAAUGGCUUUUUCUCUUUAUAAUUUUAUGUUUCACCUCAGGACACAGAGACAGUUUGUUCUUUCUAACGGCAGUAAUGACAAGCUGGUGGAUACGAAAAAACUGUUUUCUGCCGAUCUUUAUCUUUGUGUACUGUAAAAAUUGAUUAAAAUCUUGCAGUAUUAGGUGA